AUGUCCUGCUCCAGCCUGUGCGUCCCUUCCUGUGGGGUGGCCGCCCCGUGCCCACUGGCUGACACCAUCAAUGAGCCCUGUGUGCGUCAGUGCCAGAGCUCCUCAGUGGUGAUCCAGCCCCCGGCCUCAGUGGUCACCUUCCCCGGACCCAUCCUCAGCUCCUUCCCUCAGCACAGCGUUGUGGGCUCAGCGGGAGUCCCUGCCAUUGCUGGGGGCUACGGCGGCAGUUUUGGAGGCUAUGGAGGCCUUGGUGGCUAUGGUGGCUAUGGAGGCCUUGGUUUCUACGGGGGCUAUGGUGGCUAUGGUAGCUGUGGAGGCUACGGAGGCCUUGGAGGCUAUGGAGGCUUUGGGGGCUGUGGAUAUGGAGGCUGGGGCCGCGGUCUCAGGUCCUUCGGUGGUUGGUGUGGCAGCUGGUAAGCCACACCUGGGACCUGCCUCAGAUGACAGAGAGCUCCAGGAAAGCCUCUGGCACAUCCCAACAUGAUGAUGCCCAAAAGAAGAACGUCUCUUCCGCACUUCUGACAUUGAGAGCUUUGACACCUUUUGCCUGUUGGAGCCCAACUCUGCCUUCCUCCUCCUCUGCUUGAGCAUCA